CGCGAAUGAUGACUGAAUUAUUCCAGUCCUGCACUCGCCCCUCCUCGGAGGACAACGACGUGAGACGCGCACACCAUAGAGCGCGUCACCGCCAACUGGCACGGCUCCGCGCGACUCGGCUCGGCUCGGAUCGGUUCGGAUCGGAUCGGGGGCAGAACCGCGCCGUGUGUGAGCUCGCUCGCGCGCGCGUUCCCUGCGACAUGUGACCGCGCAGAAUUCAUUUAUGUGAGGGGGGGAAAAAAAAAAAAGAGCGAGAGAAAGAAAAACCCAGGACUCAGGAGCAGCAGCCGCCGCCGCAGCAGCAGCAGCAGUUUUUCCGAGAGCAGGAGGAACGUCGCCCUGAGGCUGAGAGCGGGAGCGCGCGAGCGGCACGCGGAGAAGGAACGAGGAUGGAGAUCAAGGACCAGGGAGCGCAGAUGGAGCCUCUGCUGCCCACGGUAGAAACCCCCGUCGGAGCCAGGAGGGAGAGAAAUGACGAGGAGGCAGUGGUCGACAGAGGGGGUGCGCGGUCCAUGCUGAAGACCAACUUCGAGAAGGAGGAACUGGAAGGUCACCGGACCCUCUACAUUGGUGUACACGUUCCGCUUGGGAAGAAGACCCACAGGAGGCGUCGGCACCACGGCCAUCGGAACCGGAAGAGGGACCGGGACCGGGACUCUGGGGCUGAGGAUGGCCGGGAAAACGCAAGCCAUGACACGCCAUCUCAGAGGGUCCAGUUCCUGCUCGGUACGGAGGACGAUGACGAGGAACACAUUCCCCACGACCUCUUCACAGAACUGGACGAGAUCUGCCUGCGCGAGGGGCAGGAUGCUGAAUGGAAGGAGACUGCCAGGUGGCUAAAGUUCGAAGAGGACGUGGAGGAUGGCGGUGAACGCUGGAGCAAACCCUACGUGGCCACGCUGUCCUUGCACAGCCUGUUUGAGCUGCGCAGCUGCAUCCUUAAUGGAACCGUCAUGCUGGACAUGCGGGCAAACUCUCUGGAGGAAGUCGCAGACAUGGUCCUGGACCAGCAGGAGACCUCGGGCGAACUGGAUGAGGAGGUGCGCAGAAAGAUCCGCAAUGCCCUCCUCAAACAGCACCACCACCAGAACCAGAAGAAGUUCGCCAACCGGAUCCCCAUCGUGCGCUCCUUCGCUGACAUCGGUAGGAAGCAGUCGGAGCCCCACUCCAUGGACAAGAAUGGUCAGGGGGCCCCUCCUCAAUCCCAGUCCACCAAUGCUGAUGGGAAGGGGGACGUGAGCAGGGAGAACAGCGCCGUGGACUUCAGCAAGAUAGACCUUCACUUCAUGAAGAAGAUACCGCAGGGAGCAGAGGCGUCCAACAUCCUGGUGGGUGAGCUGGAGUUCCUCGACCGGCCCGUGGUGGCGUUUGUGCGCCUCUCCCCUGCCAUCAUGCUGAAUGGACUGGCGCAGGUUCCCAUCACCACUCGGUUCCUGUUCAUCCUGCUUGGGCCUCUUGGGAAGGGACAUCAGUACCACGAAAUCGGCAGGUCCAUCGCCACCCUAAUGACAGACGAGGUGUUCCACGACGUGGCGUACAAGGCGAAGGACCGCAACGACCUAGUGGCCGGCAUCGAUGAGUUCCUCGACCAGGUCACGGUCCUUCCUCCGGGAGAGUGGGACCCCUCCAUCCGAAUAGAGCCGCCAAAAAAUGUACCGUCUCAGGAGAAACGGAAGAUCCCGGCGAUGCCCAAUGGGACGGCAGAGCUGGGAGAGGCUCCGGAACACGGAGGCCACGGGGGCCCGGAGCUUCAGCGCACCGGGAGGCUUUUCGGUGGUCUGAUUUUGGACAUCAAGCGCAAGGCGCCCCCCUACCUGUCGGACUACACGGACGCCAUCAGCCUCCAGUGCCUGGCCUCGUUCCUCUUCCUGUACUGCGCCUGCAUGUCGCCCGUCAUCACGUUCGGGGGUCUGCUGGGGGAGGCCACGGAGGGACGCAUAAGUGCAAUUGAAUCGCUGUUUGGGGCCUCCAUGACGGGGAUAGCUUACUCGCUGUUUGCAGGCCAGCCGCUCACCAUCCUGGGCAGCACGGGACCGGUGCUGGUCUUUGAGAAGAUCCUCUUCAAGUUCUGCAAGGAGAACGAUCUGUCCUACCUCUCCCUCAGGGCCUGCAUCGGUCUCUGGACGGCGUUCCUCUGCCUGGUCCUGGUGGCCACCGAUGCCAGUUCGCUCGUCUGCUACAUCACGCGCUUCACCGAGGAGGCGUUCGCCUCCCUCAUCUGCAUCAUCUUCAUCUACGAGGCGCUGGAGAAGCUCAUCCACCUGGGAGAGACCUACCCCUUCAACAUGAACAACGACCUCAACAAGCUCACUCAGUACUCGUGUGUCUGCAUGGAGCCUCUCAGUCCCAGCAACGCCACCCUCAGGUACUGGGAGGAGCAUAACAUCACCUUGUCUGAGAUUCACUGGGGAACUCUGGAUGUCAAGGACUGUUUGAAAAAUCGGGGCGAGUUCACGGGCACCGCCUGCGGCCCACACGGACCCUACAUCCCAGACGUGCUCUUCUGGUCCAUCGUCCUCUUCUUCUCCACCGUGGCCAUGUCGGCCUUCCUGAAGGACUUCAAGACGAGCCGAUACUUCCCCACCAAGGUGCGGGCCAUCAUCAGCGACUUCGCGGUCUUCAUCACCAUUGUCACCAUGGUGCUGGUCGAUUAUGCCUUAGGAGUUCAGUCGCCAAAGCUUCAGGUCCCAAACGAGUUCAAGCCGACCAGAGACGACCGCGGGUGGCUCGUCAACCCCUUGGGUCCGAACCCAUGGUGGACCACCAUUGUGACGGUCAUCCCCGCUCUGCUGUGCACCAUCCUCAUCUUCAUGGACCAGCAGAUCACUGCAGUCAUCAUCAACAGGAAGGAGCACAAGCUGAAGAAAGGCUGCGGGUACCACCUGGACCUCUUCAUGGUGGGCAUCAUGCUGGGCGUGUGCUCUGUGAUGGGGCUGCCGUGGUUCGUGGCCGCCACCGUGCUCUCCAUCUCCCACGUCAACAGCCUCAAGCUGGAGUCGGAGUGUUCGGCGCCCGGGGAGCAGCCCAAGUUCCUGGGCAUCCGUGAGCAGCGCUUCACGGGCCUCAUGAUCUUCGUGCUCAUGGGAUGUUCUGUCUUCAUGACCUCCGUCCUCAAGUUUAUCCCCAUGCCCGUGCUGUACGGAGUGUUCCUCUACAUGGGCGCCUCUUCGCUGAGGGGCAUCCAGUUCUUCGACCGCCUCAAACUGUUCGGCAUGCCGGCGAAGCACCAGCCCGACUUCAUCUACCUGCGGCACGUUCCCCUGAGGAAGGUGCACCUCUUCACCAUCAUCCAGCUGAGCUGCCUCGUGCUCCUGUGGAUCAUCAAAACCUCGAAGGCUGCCAUCGUGUUCCCCAUGAUGGUGUUGGCGCUCGUGUUUAUCCGGAAGCUUCUGGAUUUCAUCUUCACCAAGAGGGAGCUGAGCUGGCUCGAUGAUCUCAUGCCAGAGAGUAAGAAGAAGAAGCUGGAGGACGACGGACAAGAGGAAGAGGAGAGUAUUUUGGCUGAGGAGGAGGGGAUAGUACAAGUGCCACUGGAGGGGCAAUGCAAAGAGGAUCCCGCCACGGUGAAUAUUUCUGAAGAAAUGGCCAAAACGUCUUUUGGGAACGAAUGGAAAACCCUGAACACCGCAACAGAAAACACGAAGAAGGAGUCGGGUUCCAAAAGCUCCCUUUCCUAACCUCUUAGAUGCCGACUCCCCAAAGCGUCUCCAACAGCAUCUUGAGAAGACAGGAGGAGGCGAAGGCCGAUGUGGAGAAAGGCUUUGACAGGGAGACCUGUCUGUGACUCGUCCCCGGGGCCGCCGCGGACAGCUGGCAGGUGUGCGCUGCUGUGAGCCGCGACCACUUCUCUGCGCUCCCCUUCCUUCAUGUAAAGGUGUUUUAUACGUGUCCACAAGUGUACGCUCCUUUUACAGCAAAACUAGCGACGUUCAGCAUGUAGAAUGCGUUUCAUUUCCCGCGUGUAAGUGCGCGUCCGUUGACGUGGGACACAACCAGCAGCAGCGGCGGAGGACGUCGAAACGCGCGCUUUUUUUUUGCUUCGUCUGCUCUUUUACGCUGCCGCUUGAAAAAGGCUUAAAGCUACGUUUAUUUUAAAAUUGUUCGUAUUUUGUAUGUUUUCCGUUUUCCUGCUUUUUAUUUAUUUAUUUAUUUAUUUUUUAGAGGGACGUCGUGAUAUGAAAAUCAUGACCGCGGUCAUGGAAACGUAAUCGUUGCUGGAAGUUUCAACAACUCGUAGAAACGUUUGAAACACGAAUUUAGAAAAGUAAUAACGGAAAAUUGCGGAGCCUGUAAAUAUGUGUCGGUAGGUUUUUUUGCAUGCGUUAGCUAACAUAUCCAUGAAAUCUGUGAGCAUUAAAUAAGUGUUGACUUAAGAUGCUUUUUGUUAUUUAUUUACCUCAUUGUGCUAUGACGCUCAGCUAACCGAACAUUUCGGAGUUUCGUCGUUUUCCACGUUGAAUAUAUUACGUUUCGUUUGUAACGCGUACGAUUUACCGGAAUCACGACCAGUGUUAUUUUUCGGAAGACUCUUGCAAACUCAAUGGAGUUCUUGUGUAUUUAUGUCUUAUUCUUCUUGUGUGUGUUGUAAGGAAGGAAUUAAGAUCGUUCGUGUAGGUAAUUACUGACUGGGGUGAACUGACUAGGAAUAACUUAUGCAGGUAGAUUGUUAACAAAAAAGGAGGGUGAUCGUAUCUAGAGAGUCGUACCGAAAGCAGCGAUCUUAUUGGAAUUGCAAAACAAUGCCAUCCUGCAAAUAAUAAAAAUGCAAUACUGACAUGUGACAGCGAGAAGUUCCAUCUAUGGCCUCACACUUGGAUGAAGAAUAACAUCACCUGGUGCUUCAGGUGCUUCCAGGUACCGCACGGCUCGGUGUUGCCAGGGUUUUUUUUUUGCAGUUCCAACACGCUCAUUACUUCUGGUACAACCAAUGCGAAUGGAGAAUUAAUUGACUUCGGUCAGCCUUUCAUACUGUAAUUUUCCAUCCGUGAAAGUUAUGGAUAUGGAAUGUUACCAUCUGUGUUUGCGGUUUGUUUCAUCUAGCAGAUCUUAGCAAUAGGGGCUCGUGCUUUCGUACGAAAGGGACUCCAGUGCACGUGAGCGGUGCGCCCGUUACGACCGCUGGAUGCAGUUACUGUGUUAAGAUGAGAGGAUGGCGUUUCGCUGUCGUCGCACAUGAAAGACCUUACUUAGUUAUUUAGCAAAUGCAAUAUUGUACUUUUAGAAGAGAGAAGUGUAUUUGAUUUUAUUCUAUUUAAAGGA